ACCAAACUGAACCAAACUAAAAAACUAGCUGCUCAUUCCCUAUUUCUUGAAGCAAUUUAAAAAACCCAUUUCUUUAAUUUCUGUUUUGAAGCUUACAUUUUCUUGAAUUUAUUGUUUAUGUGUGUCUAUUAUCAACUACUUUCUCUGAUGACAUCUCAACUAUCUCAUUCCUUGUGCUUUAUGUAGACCCUUGUGUUUCUUGCUGAGAAUACAACACUAAAGUUCUCAUUUUUAGUGUUGAUUUGUGGUGAAUUUCUUGAGAGAAGUUCAAGAAAUGAAAAACUGGAGAUGGGGUUUUGCUGGGCUUGUUUGUUUUCUGAUUCUUUUGAGGGUUGAGGCUAAUGAGCACCGCAGAGGUCAACAGACAGAGAGGAUUUCAGGUAGUGCUGGUGAUGUCUUGGAAGAUGAUCCUGUGGGAAGACUAAAAGUUUUCGUUUAUGAGCUUCCAAGCAAAUAUAACAAAAAGAUUUUGCAGAAGGACCCAAGAUGCCUUACGCAUAUGUUUGCUGCAGAAAUUUAUAUGCAUCGGUUUCUUUUAUCGAGCCCUGUUCGAACUCUCAAUCCUGAGGAAGCUGAUUGGUUCUAUACCCCUGUGUAUACAACUUGUGACUUGACACCAAAUGGUCUCCCUCUGCCCUUCAAAUCACCUCGUAUGAUGAGGAGUGCAAUACAACUUAUCUCGUCUAAUUGGCCUUACUGGAAUAGGACGGAAGGGGCGGAUCACUUCUUUAUAACACCUCAUGACUUUGGAGCAUGCUUCCAUUAUCAAGAAGAGAAAGCAAUUGAAAGGGGAAUUCUUACAUUGCUGCAGCGUGCUACAUUAGUUCAAACUUUUGGACAGCGAAAUCAUGUUUGCUUAAAGGAUGGCUCCAUCACAGUUCCGCCUUAUGCUCCUCCACAGAAAAUGCAGUCUCACCUGAUCCCACCAAACACGCCUAGAUCCAUCUUUGUUUAUUUUAGAGGUUUAUUUUAUGAUGUGGGAAACGACCCAGAAGGUGGUUAUUAUGCAAGAGGUGCAAGAGCAGCAGUAUGGGAGAACUUCAAGAACAACCCACUUUUUGACAUCUCUACGGAGCAUCCGACCACUUACUAUGAAGAUAUGCAACGAGCAAUAUUUUGCUUAUGUCCACUAGGCUGGGCCCCAUGGAGUCCUAGAUUAGUUGAAGCUGUGAUAUUUGGUUGCAUUCCUGUCAUUAUUGCAGAUGACAUUGUUUUGCCAUUUGCUGAUGCCAUUCCGUGGGAAGAAAUCGGGGUUUACGUGCCAGAGAAGGAUGUUCCAAAUUUGGAUACGAUGCUCACCUCUAUAUCCCCAGAGGUCAUAUUGAAAAAGCAGAGGUUGCUGGCAAAUCCUUCGAUGAAGCAAGCUAUGUUGUUUCCACAACCCGCUCAACCUGGGGAUGCUUUUCAUCAAAUUUUAAACGGGCUUGCCCGAAAAUUGCCGCACGACCGAAGCGUAUUCUUGAAGCCUGGAGAAAAGAUCUUGAACUGGACUGCAGGCCCUGUGGGCGAUCUGAAACCUUGGUAGUAAUGUUUGUUGGCGGUGCACUUUAGGUACAAAUCAGACCUUUUGCUAUGAUGAUGAUCCUAAAUUAGUUAGAUUCUGAAUACUUAUUUUGUGUAAAAGUGUUUAAACUAAAGGCUAUUCUGCAGUACUCAAAUUAUAGACCGGAGGGUGGAGACUGGUUUUUCCUUUUAGAUAUUCAUGUAUUUGAGAAAUUGCCACUUAAUUCAAUACAAAUUAAAAAUAACAAUUUUGUGAUGAAA